GGGACGGACUAGCAAGCAGGUUGACUCAGAGUAAACACUUCUAUAUCACCUUACUUCACAUUUUGUCAUUUUGUCAGAAAGUUUCAACGUGACGUGGCAGUUAAGACUCUCGUACACCGUCAUGGUGUGCCGCGUUGCAACCUAUAGGGAUCACACAAGUCACCCGGAAUGGAUUUACCCUUAAAAAACAUGUACGACGCGUUCAAAGAUGAAAUCUGGAAAGAGCUGGGACCACUGGACCCCGACUGGUUUGAUGUACUGACAGCUCAAACGUUAACUACUGAGGGAGAUGUCUCAGAUCAAGAGGACCUCUUUGCUAACCAAGAGGGAAAUCUUAAACCACCUUUUGACAAACCUACACUUGACAGUCAGCUGUUUUCAACCCCCAAAGUUUUCAGACACAGUCAAGUUGUGUCACCUGAAACGGAGGAUGAUCAUUCGUUCACUGCUGAACAAGAAAAAGAAACACUGCCAUGGAUGACAACACAAAGUCCAUAUUUGUUUCGGUUGUCAAAAGGAGGGGUCCCAGAAGCAAAAUACGAAGUAAUCCAGCCUCAGAGUCAGGACAGUUUUGAUUUGCUUCAUACCAUACCAAAAUCCCCGGUCAGCUAUGCCAAGCAAAUAUCUGAGAGUCUCGGUGCACAGAUUCACCCUGAUAUAUCGUGGACCAGUUCUCUGAACACCCCACCGGCUGUGCCAUCCACCCUGAUUUUAUCUAAAACAGAUGAGAGUCCCUGUCCAGUGAGUGUUUCUGCAGACAAAGAUGCUAUUUUUGUACGGAAGCUUUUUCCUUCUCUUUCAAAUGUGUCCAGAGAUGAGGCAGCAUCACCCAAAAACAGUGGCAUGCCUAAUGUUCACCAAGGUGUUGUUUCCCCUGAGGCUGGUCAGGUUCCAGAGUCCCACGACCUGCCCCAGAAUUCUCCAAAUCAGAGUCAGAGUGUUUGGAGACAGAAACUACCAGAUGCUAUUGAGGAUGGAGAACUACGGAGCACGGUAGCAAGCGUUCUUGAUGGAGCUGAAAAUGUUCUCUCGAUAUUUUUCACCAACAGUAGUUCAGCAUUGAGAAAAGUUAAAACUGACAGAAUCAAAAGGAAGCAAAGCAUUCAGAAAAAAGAACAUGGCUGCAGCUCUACAGACAUCUCAACUACAAACAACACUGCGUCAGGUGAACAGAGAACAGAUGACUGGGAGCCUGUCGAACUUUCGUCACCACCACCUGUGAAAACUGGAAGUGCUGGAAUCACCCAGUGGUCUCCAUUGAAUUUAUCUGAAAUUCCUCCCUGUAUUAUAGAUUUUUCUUGCCAUGAUAACAUUCGUGCUACGCAAGUGGAAAACAACAUUUUAACAGAAAAACUGCAGAGUGACUCUGAUUGCGGCCAGCUUCCCAAGCCACCUUUGACAAUCAAAGACUCUGGAUUUACUAAGAAAAAGAGAAAAUUUGUUUACACCGUUGACACUUCAAAAACACAAGUUCAAGGAAAAGAGAAACAGUUUCCAAAGAUGGACUCAUCAGCAGGAAUUCCAGAUUCUGGAUACAAAAAGAGCCAAGAUGAAACAGACUGUUGCAGUAACAGGGGGAAUGAGAUACAAAAACAGGAAAAUGUCACUGAAGAAACUCUGCAUCCUUCUGUACAACCUAAAGUCCAGGAUCUUGAUAUGUCGCAGCUUUGCAAAGAUUUUGCACAAGACUUCAGUCAAAUGUUAGAAACCGGUAAAAUGUGUAAAAUAGCAGAGCAGACUCCUCAAAAUGGCUUCUCUCCAUCAGCUUGUCUGUCAGCCAUGAAACGAGCUAAACAAAAAACAAGGCAAGCAAACCUCCCCCAGGACUGUGAUGGCGUCAGUAACAGAAGACAUGUUUCUGCCACUAAUCAAAAUUACUCCAUCACUGAGGGAACAGUUAGUGACAGUGGAUUCCAGUCUGCUGUUGCAGAUAUCACUCACCUGGCUACCCCAUCGUUUGUUCUUCCCAGCUCGGAGGACAUUGGUCAAAGUCAGCAGUGCAAUGGCUUUAAAACUGACAGGACUGCUUCUUUUCUAUGUUCAAAUACAGGAAAUGGAAAAUAUCAUUUGGACGAUAUUUUACAAGAAGCUGAAACUGACGCCAAGCUGCCCCGUGCGAUCAAGCAAAGCCACACCCACCUAGAGAAGACAACACUUCCUCUUCCUUACGUUCAUGCAUCAGGAUUCAAAACAGCUUCAAACAAGGGUAUUCGAAUUUCCUCUGCCAACCUGGAAAGAGCCAAGCAUCUCUUUGAAGAAGAUGAAGCUCAAAGGACUUUUAGAGAUCAGCCCACCAAAAGAGCCCAUGACACUAAAGAUGGAAUUAGCCUGAGUAAUGGAUCAGUGAAAAAUACUGUCUCUAACUCAAACCAGCCACCUUCUUCAAGUGAAAAUAUCAGUUGCCAGUUAACAGCUUCACAAAAAGCUGAUGUGACAGAACUUUGCACUCUCCUGGAAGAAGCAGAUAGCCAGUUUGAAUUUACACAGUUCAAAACUGCAACUCUACAACAACCUUGUCAAGAUAAUGCCACUUCUCCCCAAAAACCUGACAAAGAACUUGACCCUGAUUUUCUUAUGGGUAUAGAUUUUGAUGACAGCUUUAGUUCAGAUGCCGAAAAGCACCUGGCAACAACUGUGAUGACCUCAGCUUCAGAUGGCAAAACAAACUGUGAGACAGCAAUGAUCACAGGUAAAUCCACGGUUAUCUCAUUCUCAAGUGAAAUGAAAAAAGAAAAUCCCUCUACUGAAGACGUGUCUUCUUCUUCAAAGCACAUAUCUGAAGGCAGUAGCAGCAUUAUAUCAACUGAACCCAGAAAUCUUGGCAGAGCUGGGCACACUGAAACAAGCAAGGAGGACAGCAAAGAUCUUUUGAUGCUUGGUGUAGGAUUUAAAACUGCAGGAGGAAACGUUUUAAGAGUUUCAGAAAAAUGUCUGAGUAAAGCUAGAGCUUUGUUUGCAGAUUUAGAGGAGAAUCUGACAGACCAGAAAUCACAAGACAAACAAAGCAGUGAGGUUGAAGCUAAAACUGAGCAGAGACAAGUCACAAGCAUUAGAGAUAAAGAUGCUGCCAAGAGUUUUAACAACGGCAAAACAGACACAACCACGUGUCAAAGUGGGUUCCAGAUGGCCAGUGGGAAAGGGAUUUCUGUUUCAGCAAAAGCUGAGCAAGAGGCAAACGCUUUCUUCAAAGACUGCGACAUUAGUGACAGCAACACUGGCAUGUCAGUAAAACGUGAAAAAAGCAUUGAACCCUUCCCUACAAGUGUCAGUCAUAAGAAAAGCGUUUCGAAAUUUAAAAAUGUCCAAAGGGUGAAACAAAACUUUUCUGAAGAGCCAAUCAGUGAAUUCGAAAAAGUGUAUUCUGGACCAGCUGCGUGCCAUACAGAGGUUGUAAGGCAUAAUGUAGAAAUUCAGCGUGUUGGUUUUAAGAAUACGCAGGCCUUAACUAAUGCAGUUCCCACAUGGAGUGGAAGUCUGCCUUCGAAUGUACUCUCCUCUCCCUCAUGCACAACAUCAAAGAAUACUGCUUCCUCUGCUGUUAAUGAAGUGAGCAAUGGAGGGGGAUUCUGCACAGCCAGUGGGAAGAACGUAUGUGUGUCAGCAGCUGCAAUGAAAAAAGCAGAGUGUCUUUUGAAUGAAAUUCAUAUGCUUGAGGACACAAACAAACAACUGAAACAGAAAGGAGAUUCUUCAAGAACAGGUCAUCUCACCAAUGAAAGUCAAGUUGCACCCCUUAAAAAUUGUGGAUUUCAGACAGCCAGUGGCAAAGGACUUGUCAUUUCAUCUGCAGCUCUCAAGAAAGCAAAAUCAUUGUUAAGUGAAUGUGAAGCAGUUGAGGAUAACAUCAGUGUAAAACCAACACAUUCCAAGAUGCCCGUUCCUGGUCUUUCAUCCAGCAAUCGUGGAUUUCUUGCAGCCAGUGGAAAGCCUAUGGCACUUUCAACUGAGGCCCUCCAGAAGGCAAAUGCUUUUUUCAGUGAUAUCACUUGCAGUGCAGAGAUCCCAGCUGGUUCAGACACAAGGAAUCGUGACAAGAAACAAGACAAUGCUGGAAAUUCAGGCAAAAUACACUGUGGUUUCAGGACUGCAGGGGGAGCAACUGUCUGUGUGUCUCAGAAAAAUCUGUUGAAAGCAACAAAUAUUUUGAAAGAAUUUGAUGAUGGUUCAGUUUCAUCAAAAACAAAGCCAGAAGCGGAUGCUUUCUUAAGCGACUGUGACCUUAUGGAUAGUAACAAUGGAAUGUCGGUAAAACAUGUUGCACAUGUGACCGGAAGCGACAGUGAGAAGAGACACCUUUCAAAAUUUACACAAGAUCUAAAGGUGAUAAACACUUCUGAGCAGCGUGAAAGUGGACACAGUGAGUUUGAAAAUUUGAACAUGGGACCAGUUGUACACCAUGAAAACUUGCUGCAUCCUGAUGAUGGGGAGAUUCAGAAAGGUGUUUUUAGGAACACGCCAAAUUCUAAUGGGAACUCAUCUUUGAUGGCAAAGCCGCUUUCCUCCCCAUUGUGCACAACAUCAGAGAACACUGGAGUCUCUACUUCUAAUGAAUUUAGCAACAGUGUUGGAUUCUCUACAGCCAGUGGGAAAAAAGUAACAGUGUCGGAUGAAGCAAUCACAAAAGCAAAGUCUCUGCUGAAUGAAAGCGCUUCAUUUCUGGACGCAAACAAACAACUGAAACAAAAAGACGACAGUUUGCCACCACAGAAAGGAGUCGUUUCAUCUGCAGCACCGAAGAAAGCAAAGACUCUGUUAAAUGAAUGUGAUGGAGUUGAGGAUAAAAUCAGUGUAAAGCCAACACAUACCAAGAUGCCGCUCUCUUGUUCACCACCCGGGAAUGGUGGAUUUCUUGCAGCCAGUGGUAAACCUGUGGCAUUUUCAUCUGAGGCCCUCCAGAAGGCAAAAGCCCUCUUCAGUGACAUCACUCUCAGUGCAGAGAUCCCAGCUGUUUCAGACUCAAAGAAGAGUGAUAAAUACAAAGACAGACAAAGCAAUACAGAAGGAAUACAUUGUGGUUUCAGGACUGCUGGGGGGGCGAAAGUCCACAUGUCACAAAAAAAUCUUUUGAAAGCAAAGAAACUUUUGAAAGAAUUUGAGAGUCAUGAUUUAAACUCAUCUUCAACAAUCCCACAUGACAUCCACAAGUCAGAACUAUCAAAAAUGGAAGAUGUGAAAAGGACCUCAAAUUGUGAUCUCACCACAUUCAAGGACAUGGACAUGUCUGCUCAGGAAAGUGCCUGCCAGGUACUUAAAUCUUUUCAGGCUUUACAAGAGACUGACCUUGAAAAGGAAACUCUACAAAAUUCAAGUGUACAUGGUUGCAUUUCUGUCAAAGAAAAGGCACCUACAGACACAUCUGAGUUUAAAGAAGGCAGAAUUACCCCGUCAUGGGUGGGCAACCUCCAUGACACUCACAGAAAGGAAAUGGCAAAUGUGUUGUGCUAUGAAGUGAAUCAUACAAUCAGCACUGAGGAAAAUAAGCUCAAAGGGACAGAGGAGUCUUCAGUUCUGAUACUUCAGUCCCUUAACCUCAGUGACUGUACUGAAACCCAGCAGAAGUUUCUUGCCCAGGAAGCUCUUGACUGCACCAAAGCUUUGUUAGAGGAUGAAGGUCGAGCUGGCCAAAGGCUCUCAGUGACUUUAGAAAAUGUGCCACAACAAGAUAACCCAAAAUCCAACAACAGAUCUGUAGAGGAACAAAAAGGAAGAGGGAAAAGAUCAUUAGACAACUCAGAUAUAACUGGUCAGCCUCCCCUAAAAAGACGGUUACUAGAGGAAUUUGAUAGAACUGUUGAUGGUUCAAGAGGUUCCACACUCCAACCACAAAAAAGUUGUCCAACUAAUGUAAUGAAAGACAGGAGAGCUUUCAACUACAGCGUCUCUCCUCAUCCAAACAUCACAAGGCCUCACGGGAAUGGAAAAAACUAUGUGGAAACCAGAUUGCAAAAGACAACACCAGCACAAUGUUUAACCUCAUUGGACAGUAGAUCAGCACAUUCCAAGAUGCCAGCAUUUGUUCCUCCAUUCAUCAAGAAUUCAAAGACAGAGACUCACAAGAAUACAGUCCUCAAGGACAACAUGAAAGCACCUUCAACAUUUGUUCCUCCAUUCAAAAAACAAAGAACUAUUGUCCAAGUGAGCUCCACUAAACCACAGGAGGAGGAGGAUAAACAUCACCAUCUCUUUGUUAAACCCUCUAACAGCGACGCUUAUGUACCGCCCACUAAGGAAACACAAAUCUGUACAGAUGUAACUGAUAAUAAAAACAAAGAAGACAUUCAGACAGUGGCCUUGACUGACUCUACAAAUGAUCAUCUGAUGAAUAAGCAAAACAUUCCUGUUGGCUGCCAAGACGUGUUUCAGAAUCUUGAAAAUGUGGAACUGGCACGGGAUAUGCAAGACAUGAGAAUCAGGAAAAAGAAGCGCCAGACAAUUCGACCAUUGCCAGGCAGUUUGUUUCUAACCAAAACCUCGGGGGUUUCAAGGAUCCCCUUAAAAGCUGCAGUAAAUGGAAAGCCUCCUGCAAGAUACACCCAAAAACAGCUGUAUGGAUAUGGAGUGCAUCAGCAUGUGUCUGGGAUCACCAGUGAGACUGCAGAAACUUUUCGCUUCAGUUUGCAGCAGUUCCUCAAACUGGAAGCAUUUACUGACGGAGGUGGUGUUCAGCUUGCUGAUGGAGGAUGGCUGAUCCCCAGUAAUGAUGGGACUGCAGGGAAAGAGGAGUUUUAUAGAGCGUUAUGUGACACCCCGAGUGUGGAUCCUAAACUGAUUAGUGAGGAGUGGGUGUACAAUCACUACAGAUGGAUUGUGUGGAAGCAGGCCUCCAUGGAAAGAUCUUUCCCAGAAACUUUGGGCAGCCUCUGUCUCACGCCAGAGCAGGUUCUCCUACAGCUUAAGUACAGAUAUGAUGUAGAGAUAGACCGCAGCCGAAGGCCAGCUCUGAGAAAGAUCAUGGAAAGGGAUGACACAGCGGCCAAAACCCUGGUUCUCUGUGUUUGUGGGAUCGUCUCCAGGGGCCACUCCCCAAACAGAGAGAGUCGCAGGACUCCACAAGGUCUUGAUGCUAAGGUUGAACACCCCUCUGCAGUUGUUUGGUUGACAGAUGGAUGGUAUGCCAUUAAAGCUCAGCUGGAUGAGCCUUUGACUGCCAUGCUUCACAAAGGUCGACUAUCUGUUGGUGGGAAGUUGAUCAUCUAUGGGGCUCAGCUGGUGGGAUCGCAAGAUGCUUGCUCCCCCCUGGAGGCACCAGAAUCACUCAUGUUAAAGAUUUGCACCAACAGCUGCAGACCCACAAGGUGGGAUACUAAGCUGGGAUUUCACAGAGAUCCACGGCCAUUCCUGCUUCCUGUCUCCAGUUUGUACAGCAAUGGUGGGCCAGUAGGAUGUGUGGACAUUACCAUACUGAGAAGCUACCCCAUACAGUGGAUGGAGAGGAAGCCAGAUGGGGGCGUUGUGUUCCGUUCUGUUCGUGCAGAAGAGAAGGAGGCGAGACGAUACAGCAGCCACAAACAAAAGGCCAUGGAGAUCCUUUUUUCCAAGAUUCAAACUGAGUUUGAAAAGCAGGAGAAAGGUAAUGACAAACCUCAACGCAGAAGACGGACAAUAAGUCGUCAGGACAUUGCAAAUCUGCAAGAUGGAGAGGAGCUGCACGAAGCAGUGGGGGAUGACCCAGCUUACCUCGAGGCUCAUUUGAGUGAACAACAGUUAGAGACUCUACAGACCUACAGGCGCUCUCUGAUGGAGAAGAAGCAGGCUGAACUGCAGGAUCGAUACCGCCACGCGCUAGAAGCAGAGAGUGAAGACGGGGGCUGUCCCAAACGAGACGUUACACCUGUGUGGAGACUCUGUUUUGCUGACUCCAUGGACCAAACUGGCAGUGGUGUGUCUUCAUUUUUCUUCUUUUUUUUUAACUUAUCAAUAAUUACUCUUAUAACGUAUAUACUGUUGUGUGUCCAAAUCCUGGUUGUAAUUAAUUUUUAUUUGUGUUUAGUUUACCAGUUGAAUCUUUGGCGACCUUCCUCAGAUCUUCAGUCUUUACUGAAGGAAGGCUGUCGAUACAAAGUGUAUAACCUCACCACUUCAGAUGGAAAGAGACGCAGUGGAAUUGAAAGUAUUCAGCUCACUGGCACAAAGAAAACACAGUUUCAGGACCUUCAGGCUUCCCAGGAGUGGUUAUCAGCACAUUUUCAACCAAGGGUUUCUACUAAUUUUGUGAAUCUUCAAAACCCAGAAUUCCAGCCACUGUGUGGGGAGGUUGAUCUCACAGGAUAUAUCAUAAGUGUCAUAGAUUCACAGGGUUCCUCUCCAGCAUUUUAUUUGGCUGAUGGAAGACUGAACUUUGUUAAAGUUCGCUGUUUCAGCAGCUUUUCUCACUCUGGCUUGGAAGAUGUUGUAAAACCACGUGUGCUGUUGGCUCUGAGCAACCUGCAGCUGAGAGGUCAGUCCACAUCGCCCACUCCUGUUGUGUACGCUGGAGAUCUGACGGUCUUCUCUACAAACCCCAAAGAGGUUCAUCUAAAGGAGUCCCUUUGCCAACUCAGAAACCUGGUCCAGAGUCAGGAGAACUUCUUUCUAACUGCUGAGGAGAAGCUUUCACAUCUAGUCAAGUCUAAUGGCCUGAGCUCCUUCUCUUCUCCAGCUCUCCAGCCACAAACACCAGCUUUUAAAAUGGACACAAGACAAGACACCAAGACAAGUGUGAUAUCUCAGCAGCCAAUCAGAAGCCUUGGAUACUUCACACCUGUUAGCAGGAACCCUCCUGUAGCAACCUCUUCCACAGACAAAGACCCCAGAAGCCUGAAGAGGAGAAGAGCUCUGGAUUAUCUGUCUCGUAUCCCAUCUCCACCAGCUCUCUCCCAUCUGGGCUCUGUGGCUUCGCCGUGUGUAAAGAAGACAUUCAACCCCCCUCGGAGGUCUGGGACACCAAGCACUUUAAAGACUGUACAGACUCCAGCUCGCAAACCUGCUGCUUCACCAAUGGAAGAUGAGUGGGUGAAUGACGAGGAACUGGCGAUGAUUGAUACUCAGAAAUUGCGUGUUGGUCAUUUACUGUAGGUACAUGAGACUGUUAGAUGAUGAGCACGCUACAACUUUACAAAAACUGUACAAAUGAGUGAAUGUAAAGACCAAAGGCUGCAUAUGGCACAUAUUCUGUAGUUUCUGUAGUCUUACCAGACUAAAUAAA